UGCGUCCUCACAGUCAAUUAAAGAGACUCUGCUCUGGAGGAAUCGCAAUUGCCCCCCAACAGACGAGUGAGAGGGAGUCCGCAGUCUUCCUAUUUCCCGGACAAGGCUCUCAGUUCAUUGGAAUGGCCUCAAAACUGCGAGAAUAUCCACAAGCUGUCAAUCUAUUCUCCACAGCAAGCGAAAUCCUGGGAUAUGACUUGCUUAAAACGUGCAUUGACGGUCCUUUCGAUUACCUGACUCGAACGGAUGUCUCCCAACCAGCAAUCCUCGUCACUUCCCUGGCAGCCGUGGUCAAACUACAGCUCGAGAAUGACCGAGCACACAAAAUAUGUCGGGCAACUGCUGGUCUCAGUUUGGGGGAGUAUUCCUCCCUCGUCUUCUCUGGCUGUCUCUCCUUUGAGGAUGGUUGUUCUCUUUUUUAUAUUUUAGCUGUGUCGGUUGUCAAAGUGAGGGGGAUGGCCAUGCACGAGGCUUCUGUCCAGUUCCGUGGUGGCAUGGUAUCUGCCAUGAUUUCCGACAAGAGCAAAAUAGAGGACUGUAUAAAGGCGGCUUUGGAGCACUGUCAGAGUCUUGGAAUUAGCAGUCCAGUCUGUCAGUGUUCGAAUUACUUGUCCUCUUCAUUUCGUGUCAUUGGAGGCUCAAUUGAGGCCAUUGAUUAUAUCGAGGCUAAUGCCAGUAAGUUUGGGAUAAGAAAAGUAAAGAAAUUGUCGGUGAGUGGGGCCUUCCACACGGAUAUGAUGAAGACUGCCUGCGAGCCUCUUGCGAAUGCCUUAAAGUACUCACCAUUUGAUUCCACAACGUGUAUUGUUGGAUCCUUAUUUUUGUAA